AUGGUGUCGGACGCGGCCAAGCGCAAGGCGGCGGCCAAAAAGGCAGCGCAGCUCAACCGCACCGCGCAAAAGGCUUCCGCUGUUCCCGCGGACACUUCCGCAAAACCCGCAGAUUCUUCCGCUGCUUCCGCCGGUGCACCCGCGGAGGUAGCAGCUGCCGUGGGUGACGGGGGAAGCGCAGGUCGUGGAGAAAAUGGCACUGCGUCAUCCGUCGAAGCAGGAGCGACGGCUGGACCGCCAGUGACACGUGUGGUCUUUCCGCCCUCCCUCACGCCCAAGCAACGCGCCGCAUUGCAUGGUGAGGGAUCUGAUAACCGCUCACUCUCUCAGAUGCUGCCCACUCAUUCACUCACAUCCGUUCCCAUCCAAGUAGAGCUUGCGGAGACUCAUGGGUGGGAACACGAGAGCCGGGACAUGCCGGGCGGCUCGCAUCGGCAGCUAGUGCUGUGGCGGGAAGGUGGGGAGUCUGAGGGGGAAGGCAGGACGCUGCAUGUAGGAGCGGAUGAUGGGCGGCAACAGGAGCAGCAGCAGCAGCAGCCAAUAGGAGCGCGCCAGCUGGGAGAUGCUUUGAAGCAGCACUUGGGGUGGGAUGUGCCUGCUGACGCGCUUGGUCAGCUCAUGUUACGAUGUGCUCACCCACCUAUCUGCUCAGCUUUGGGUCCUUCUUUCGCUCCCUUUCAGCGUUUUGAACACACUUGUCCACACGCUUACUCCUCCUGCACCUCCUCCUCCUCCUCCUCCUCCUCCUUCUCCUCCUCCUCCUCCUCCUCCUCCUCCUCCUCCUCCUCCUCCUCCUCCUCCUCCUCCUCCUCCUCCUUCUCCUCCUCCUCCUCCUCUUUCCCCCUCCACCCCUCCAUCUCCGCCCUGCACACCCACAGGAUGCAGAGGUGGCGUUGGCAGAAGAGGCAGCAUCCACGCGUCCACUGGCAUCAGCUCAAGCCAAGGGGCGCUUGCUGUACCACCUGCAGUGCUCUCACUCCCUCCUCCCCUUUCUUCCUCACCCUUCACAUUCCCCACCCGCCCGUCGGCCCUCACCCACAGGACGCGGAAGUGGCAUUAGCAGAAGAGGCAGCGUCCACGCGCUCACUGGCGUCAGCGCAGGCCAAGGGGCGAGUGCUGUGCCACCUGCGGUGCACGGAGGCCACAUCAGGCCUCAUGGGCAAGACUCUCCUCACCCUCGUCUCCAACAAGGCCGGAAAAGCCUCCAGCAAAGGCGCCACAGCAGACGCCGGACCUGCAGGUUCGGGAGCAGGUUCGGGCUCGCGAGCGUCUGGGCCGGUGCUGCCGCCGCACAAGUUCACGCCGCACGACGUGGUGGCGAUACGGGCGAACAAGGCGGAGGGCGCGCAGGCAGCGAUAGCGCAGGGCGUGGUGUACCGAGUGAGGGAGGAUGCGGUGGUGGUGGCCGUGGAUGACGUGCCCGAUGGGGAGGGCCUGGACGCCCCUGUGAGGAUAGAGAAGCUGGCCAACGAUGUCACGUACAAGCGCAUGCGGGAUACGUUAGGGGCGCUGAGUCGGACGGGAGAUGUGGGCGUGAGCACGGUUGGGAGGCCCGGGGCGGCGCUCAUCCCGGUGCUCUUCGGUCAGUCAGAGCCUCGCCUGGCCAAGGCCCCGCCGCCCUUCACGCCUUUCAAUCGCUCGCUGGACGAGUCACAGAAGGCAGCUGUUGCCAAGAGCCUGUCUGCGCACCACGUGGCUCUCAUCCACGGGCCACCGGGCACGGGCAAAACAACCACUGUGGUGGAGGUGGUGGUGCAGGAGGUGAAGCGGGGCAGCAAGGUGCUGGUGUGUGCGGCGUCCAACAUCGCUGUGGACAACCUUGUCGAGAGACUCGUGCCACACAAGCAGGUGCGGGCAGUGAGAGUGGGGCAUCCCGCACGACUGCUGCCAUCCAUCCUCAACUCCUCCCUCGAUGCCUUGGUGCAGCAGUCGGACAACAGUGCGCUGGCCAAGGACGUGCGCAAGGAGAUGCAGCAGCUGUCAGGGAAGCUGCUUAAAACGAGGAUAAGGCGGGAGAGGGGCGAGAUUCAGAGGGACCUGCGGCGCCUGGGCAAGGAGGAGCGGCAGCGGCAGCAGCGGGCCGUGCAGGAUGUGCUAAAGGACUCCAAUGUUGUGCUCACCACUCUCACAGGCUGCUUGUCACGGCACCUUGAGCCUCUAACAUUUGAUUUGGUGGUGAUAGACGAGGCAGCACAAGCUUUGGAGGUGUCGUGCUGGGCAGCGGUGCUGAAAGCCCCGCGCUGCAUCCUGUCAGGCGACCACCUGCAGCUGCCGCCCACCGUGCAGUGCGACGAGGCUCAGAAGCGCGGCCUCGGGGUCACUCUCUUCGAGCGCCUGCACCGCCUGUACGGGGACCGCAUCACAUCCAUGCUCACCAUUCAGUACCGCAUGCACCAGGACAUCAUGUGCUGGGCGUCUGACGAGCUGUACCAGUCGCUGCUGUCCGCGCAUGCCUCGGUGGCCAGGCACGGGCUUCCGGACCUGCCGGGGGUGGUUCCCGGGCCUGUCACGGAGGCUCGGCUGGUGCUUGUGGAUUCGACGGGGUGUGAUGAUGUGGAGGAGCAAAGGGAGGAGGAGGGGGAGAGUUUGCGGAAUGAGGGGGAGGCGAGGGUAGUGGUGGCGCAUGUGAGGCGGUUGCUGGAAGCUGGUGUGGAUGCAGGGGACAUAGGGAUUGUCACACCGUACAGUGCACAGGUGGGCUUACUCAAGUCGUUCAGAGAGGAUUCUCGGCAGCUGGCUCGCGUGGAGAUCAGUACGGUUGAUGGGUUUCAGGGGAGGGAGAAGGAGGCCAUUAUCAUUUCCAUGGUCCGCUCCAAUGACACUGGAGAGACAAACAGCAGGUAUUCAGCAAUUAUAUCAACGGAGUCAAGCAACCCCGAAUCUGCUGAGUACUUGCCUGCGGGGUUGUGUUGGAGCUCCUCCAUCCAUGACGGCCCGAGGAUCUCAUUGAACGAAACUGAAAACUCUGAUCAAGAAAGUCUUGAAUCUCAUGGAAAUAAUUCCAUUAGUCCUGGUGGCGUGAUGAUCUAUGGUGAUGGGUGCAAACAAUGCGAUGUUGGCCAAAUUUGCUCUCUCUACAUCGCGGUGCAAUCACCAGCACACUGGAUCCCUGCUUCUGCAUCUUCCUCCCUUCAGUGGGAUAUGAUGGUCACGCUUAAAGGGCCUUCCCUGAUUCAUGUGCAUCUGACAACAGUGACGGCUGAUUUUCCAGGACAGUCGGUGUUUCUUGCCUCCUAUACUCCAUGGGACGCUGGUAAUUACAGCAUGGAAUUUCGUGUUGAUGGCUCUAAUUUGAACUACACCAAAGGCUGGAACCGUCUAGGACAACAUGUUUUUGCACAGAUACCUGUUUCGGUGCUUCACGGAAGCCAGCCACGUGAUUGGCUUGAGCAACCCCAACUCGAUGGAGCCGAUAUGGAUCUCUCAGCGGUCACGAGUCCAUGUGCACAUGGGAUUGCUGGUCGGUGGCUUGCAGGCAGUGACGACACGAAUCAAAAUGGCUUGACCCAUCUUAACACAGCAACUGGUACCACAGAAAACUACAGGUGGACAUUCUUCAGCUGCGCUCGUGCUGCUUCGUUGAAUGACAUGCUUUGGGGAUUGUGGAAGGCAGGAGUACGGGAGGUGAAUGUGAUUGGAGAUUCACACAUGAGAGGGUUGAUCAUGCACCUCUGGUUCAUGCACACUGGCACAGCGCAUAAUAUGACCCUGGUGAAGCAUGGUGACAUUUCUUACACCCUCAACGUCACUGCACCAGCUGCAGCAGGGGAUGUUUCAGCUGGUGGCGAAUUGGUGAAGGAAGGCGUUAUUCGUGUGAAGUACAACUGGCUGGAUGGCAUAUAUGACAACAAUGUGGCAGGAUGCUCGUAA